GAGGCCGCGCGCGCGGAACGAGCGCCCGCAGCCUCCCCGCCCCUCCCGCAACAUUCGGCUCCUGGCUCGCCUGCCCGCCUGCCCGCCAUGGCCGACAAGGAAGCAGCCUUUGAUGAUGCUGUGGAAGAACGUGUGAUUAACGAGGAAUACAAAAUAUGGAAAAAGAACACGCCUUUUCUUUAUGAUUUGGUGAUGACCCAUGCUCUGGAGUGGCCCAGCCUAACUGCACAGUGGCUUCCAGAUGUAACUAGACCAGAAGGGAAAGAUUUCAGCAUUCAUCGACUUGUCCUGGGAACACACACAUCAGAUGAACAAAACCAUCUUGUGAUAGCCAGUGUGCAGCUCCCUAAUGAUGAUGCUCAGUUUGAUGCAUCACACUAUGACAGUGAGAAAGGAGAAUUUGGAGGUUUUGGCUCAGUUAGUGGAAAGAUUGAAAUAGAAAUCAAGAUCAACCAUGAAGGAGAAGUAAACAGGGCCCGUUACAUGCCCCAGAACCCUUGCAUCAUUGCAACAAAGACUCCAUCCAGUGAUGUUCUUGUUUUUGACUAUACAAAACACCCUUCUAAACCAGACCCUUCUGGAGAGUGCAACCCAGACUUGCGCCUCCGUGGACAUCAGAAGGAAGGCUAUGGACUUUCUUGGAACCCAAAUCUCAGUGGGCACUUACUUAGUGCUUCAGAUGACCAUACCAUUUGCCUAUGGGACAUCAGUGCUGUUCCAAAGGAGGGAAAAGUGGUGGAUGCAAAGACCAUCUUUACUGGACACACAGCAGUAGUUGAGGAUGUUUCCUGGCAUUUGCUCCAUGAAUCUCUGUUUGGGUCAGUUGCUGAUGAUCAGAAACUUAUGAUCUGGGAUACUCGUUCGAACAAUACUUCCAAACCAAGCCAUUCAGUCGAUGCUCACACUGCUGAAGUGAACUGCCUUUCUUUCAAUCCUUACAGUGAAUUCAUUCUUGCCACAGGAUCAGCUGACAAGACUGUUGCUUUGUGGGAUCUGAGAAAUCUGAAACUCAAGUUACAUUCCUUUGAAUCACAUAAGGAUGAAAUAUUCCAGGUUCAGUGGUCACCUCACAAUGAAACUAUUUUGGCUUCUAGUGGUACUGAUCGUAGGCUUAAUGUCUGGGAUUUAAGUAAAAUUGGGGAGGAGCAAUCCCCGGAAGAUGCAGAAGACGGGCCACCAGAGUUACUGUUUAUUCAUGGCGGUCACACUGCCAAGAUAUCUGAUUUCUCCUGGAAUCCCAAUGAACCUUGGGUGAUUUGUUCUGUAUCAGAAGAUAACAUCAUGCAAGUGUGGCAGAUGGCAGAGAACAUUUAUAACGAUGAAGACCCUGAAGGAAAUGUGGAUCCAGAAGGACAAGGCUCCUAGAUAUGUCUGUGCUUGUGAUUUUAGACUCCCCUUUUUUCUCUCAACCACGAGAUUGAUUUUAACACUGGUUUUGAGGCAAGACUGUUUGACUAUCCCUCUAUAUGUACCAUCAACAAAGCUAUUAGCCCCAACAGUGGGUGUUUUCUAAAUGUUAACUGGGAGACUUGAUUUAGCAAAGCCACAGACUUAAAUUUUCUUCAACAAUUUUUUAGAAACAAACCCAGGUCUGAAGUAGCCACAGAAAGGGGAAUAUAUGUGUGUGGUUAUUUUCCUUCUUAUGCUAUCAUCCCAAGGUUUUCAGACUCGUUUAAGUAAAGGCUAGAGUGGAUAAGGAAUAGAGCCACGUGAGAUAGGUGUCUGAGCCAUGGAGUAUAAUACUGCAAGAUGUCAUUUUUAUUCAGGAAGCGGGAGGUUCAGGUCAUACAGAUUCUAGUCUAAAAUCUUCACACCUGACUUGCCAUGAUGCACAUUUUCCUAUGACCAGUCGCCUCUCCGUUUCUUCAUUUAAGUCAGAACUAUUCUACAUGUUCCUCUUUUCCCAUAUAUUUUUGCUUGUUAGUGUAUUUCUUAAACUGAUUUCAUAAUAUUUUUUUCCUUUCUGUGAAAUGGUUGGUUUGGUUUUUUUUAAAAAAAAACUUGGGACCACCAAGUUGUAAAGAUACAUGUUUUUACCUGACAGUUUACCACGGGUAGACUAUCCAGUUAAGUUGAGAAGGGUGAAUUGAUAGCUAAUAUUUGUUUUUAAAAUUAAAUUAAUCCUGGAUAAGAGUUGCUUUUUUUUUUUUUUUAAGAAGUUAGUCUUUGACCACUAGUUUGGUACCAUCUCCCUUUUGGGUGACCUGUUUCACCAGCAGGCCUGUACUCUCCAUAACUAACUGUGUAAGUGCUUGUAAUGGAAUAAAUUGCUUUUCUACA